GGCGCCAGCUCCGGGAGCCCAGCGGAGCCAGCCGGGCGCCUAGGGCGCGCACAGCCCGCGGCCGCGUCGGCGAUGCCGGGCCGCCCCGUGCCCGCCCCAGUCCCGGCCCCGGCCCCCGCGGAAAGGGGCUGAGCCGCCCGCCGCCGCCCGGAUGGCGAGCCUAGCCGCGCUCGCCCUCAGCCUGCUCCUGCGUCUGCAGCUGCCGCCGCUGCCCGGCGCCGGGGCACAGAGCGCCGCAGGCGGCUGUUCCUUCGAUGAGCACUACAGCAACUGCGGUUACAGCGUGGCCCUGGGGACCAAUGGGUUCACCUGGGAGCAGAUCAACACGUGGGAGAAGCCAAUGCUGGACCCGGCCGUGCCCACAGGGUCCUUCAUGAUGGUGAACAGCUCCGGGAGGGCCUCCGGCCAGAAGGCCCACCUCCUCCUGCCGACCCUCAAGGAGAACGACACGCAUUGCAUCGACUUCCACUACUACUUCUCCAGCCGCGACAGGUCCAGCCCCGGGGCCUUGAAUGUCUACGUGAAGGUGAAUGGCGGGCCCCAGGGGAACCCCGUCUGGAACGUGUCCGGCGUGGUCACCGAGGGCUGGGUGAAGGCAGAGCUGGCCAUCAGCACCUUCUGGCCACACUUCUACCAGGUGAUAUUUGAAUCCGUCUCUUUGAAAGGUCAUCCUGGCUACAUCGCCGUGGACGAGGUCCGGGUCCUCGCUCAUCCGUGCAGAAAAGCGCCUCACUUUCUGCGGCUCCAGAACGUCGAGGUGAACGUGGGGCAGAACGCCACGUUCCAGUGCAUUGCUGGCGGGAAGUGGUCUCAGCACGACAAGCUUUGGCUCCAGCAAUGGAACGGCAGGGACACAGCCCUUAUGGUGACCCGCGUGGUCAAUCACAGGCGCUUCUCGGCCACGGUCAGCGUGGCAGACACUGCCCAGCGGAGCGUGAGCAAAUACCGCUGCGUGAUCCGCUCGGACGGUGGCUCCGGAGUGUCCAACUACGCGGAGCUGAUCGUGAAAGAGCCUCCCACGCCCAUUGCGCCCCCAGAGCUGCUGGCUGUCGGGGCCACGUACCUGUGGAUCAAGCCCAACGCCAACUCCAUCAUCGGGGAUGGCCCCAUCAUCCUGAAGGAGGUGGAAUACCGCACCACCACCGGCACCUGGGCUGAGACCCACAUAGUGGACUCUCCCAACUAUAAGCUGUGGCACCUGGACCCCGACGUGGAGUAUGAGAUCCGGGUUCUGCUUACACGGCCGGGAGAGGGGGGCACAGGGCCACCGGGGCCUCCACUCACCACCAGGACCAAGUGCGCAGACCCCGUGCACGGCCCGCAGAACGUGGAGAUCGUGGACAUCCGAGCCCGGCAGCUGACCCUGCAGUGGGAGCCCUUUGGCUACACGGUGACCCGCUGCCACAGCUACAACCUCACGGUGCAGUACCAGUACGUGUUCAACCAGCAGCAGUACGAGGCCGAGGAGGUCAUCCAGACCUCCUCCCACUACACCCUGCGGGGCCUGCGGCCCUUCAUGACCAUCCGGCUGCGGCUCCUGCUGUCCAACCCUGAGGGCCGGAUGGAGAGCGAGGAGCUGGUGGUGCAGACGGAGGAGGAUGUUCCAGGAGCUGUCCCUCUGGAGUCCAUCCAAGGAGGGCCCUUCGAGGAGAAGAUCUACAUCCAGUGGAAACCUCCCAACGAGACCAACGGGGUCAUCACGCUUUACGAGAUCAACUACAAGGCUGUGGGCUCCCUCGACCCGACUGCCGACCUCUCCAGCCAGAGGGGGAAAGUGUUCAAGCUCCGGAAUGAAACCCACCACCUCUUCGUGGGUCUGUACCCAGGGACCACCUACUCCUUCACCAUCAAGGCGAGCACGGCAAAGGGCUUCGGGCCCCCUGUCAGCACGAGGAUCGCCACCAAAAUUUCAGCUCCGUCGAUGCCCGAGUACGACACAGACACCCCGCUGAACGAGACGGACACGACCAUCACGGUGAUGCUGAAGCCUGCUCAGUCCAGGGGAGCCCCCGUCAGUGUUUAUCAGCUGGUUGUCAAGGAGGAGAGACUGCAGAAAUCACGGCGGGCGGCCGACAUCAUUGAGUGCUUUUCGGUGCCUGUGAGCUACAGGAACGCCUCCAGCCUCGACUCUCUGCACUACUUCGCUGCUGAGCUGAAGCCCGCCAACCUGCCCGUCACUCAGCCCUUUACAGUGGGCGACAACAAGACAUACAAUGGCUACUGGAAUCCCCCUCUUUCCCCUCUGAAAAGCUACAGUAUCUACUUCCAAGCACUCAGCAAAGCCAAUGGCGAAACAAAGAUCAACUGUGUCCGCCUGGCUACGAAAGCACCAAUGGGCAGCGCCCAGGUGACCCCGGGGACUCCACUCUGCCUCCUCACCACAGGUGCCUCCACCCAGAACUCUAACACCGUGGAGCCAGAGAAGCAGGUGGACAACACCGUGAAGAUGGCUGGAGUGAUCGCUGGCCUCCUCAUGUUCAUCAUCAUCCUCUUGGGCGUGAUGCUCACCAUCAAAAGGAGAAGAAAUGCUUAUUCCUACUCCUAUUACUUGAAGCUGGCCAAGAAGCAGAAGGAGACACAGAGUGGAGCGCAGAGGGAGAUGGGGCCCGUGGCCUCGACCGACAAACCCACCACCAAGCUCAGCACUGGCCGCAAUGACGAAGGGUUCUCCUCUAGCUCUCAGGACGUGAAUGGAUUCACAGAUGGCAGCCGCGGAGAGCUGGCCCAGCCCACGCUCACGAUCCAGACUCACCCCUACCGGGCCUGCGACCCCAUGGAGAUGAGCUAUCCCCGUGACCAGUUCCAGCCCGCCAUCCGGGUGGCCGACCUGCUGCAGCACAUCACGCAGAUGAAGAGAGGCCAGGGCUACGGCUUCAAGGAGGAAUAUGAGGCCUUACCGGAGGGGCAGACAGCUUCGUGGGACACAGCCAAAGAGGAUGAAAAUCGCAAUAAGAAUCGAUACGGAAACAUCAUAUCCUACGACCAUUCCCGGGUGAGGCUGCUGGUGCUGGAUGGAGACCCACACUCCGACUACAUCAACGCCAACUACAUCGAUGGAUACCAUCGACCUCGGCACUACAUUGCAACUCAAGGUCCAAUGCAGGAGACCGUGAAGGACUUUUGGAGGAUGAUCUGGCAGGAGAACUCAGCCAGCAUCGUCAUGGUCACCAACCUCGUGGAGGUGGGCAGGCACCCAGCGGAACACACUGUGGGAAAUGCCACUCUAGGCCGCUCGGCGUCCCCCGGAAUGGUAAAGUGUGUGCGAUACUGGCCGGAUGACACGGAGGUCUAUGGCGACAUUAAAGUCACCCUGAUUGAAACAGAGCCCCUGGCGGAAUACGUCAUACGCACCUUCACGGUCCAGAAGAAAGGCUACCAUGAGAUCCGGGAGCUCCGCCUCUUCCACUUCACCAGCUGGCCCGACCACGGCGUCCCCUGCUAUGCCACUGGCCUCCUGGGCUUUGUCCGCCAGGUCAAGUUCCUCAACCCUCCUGAAGCUGGGCCCAUCGUGGUCCACUGCAGUGCUGGAGCCGGGAGGACCGGCUGCUUCAUCGCCAUCGACACCAUGCUCGACAUGGCCGAGAACGAAGGGGUGGUGGACAUCUUCAACUGCGUGCGCGAGCUCCGGGCCCAAAGGGUCAACCUGGUGCAGACGGAGGAGCAGUACGUGUUCGUGCACGACGCCAUCCUGGAAGCGUGCCUCUGCGGCAACACCGCCAUCCCCGUGUGCGAGUUCCGCUCCCUCUACUACAACAUCAGCAGGCUGGACCCCCAGACCAACUCCAGCCAAAUCAAGGACGAGUUUCAGACCCUCAACAUUGUGACGCCCCAUGUGCGACCCGAGGACUGCAGCAUCGGGCUCCUGCCUCGGAACCACGAUAAGAACCGGAGCAUGGAUGUCCUGCCUCUGGACCGCUGCCUGCCCUUCCUCAUCUCGGUGGACGGGGAAUCCAGCAACUACAUCAAUGCGGCGCUGAUGGACAGCCACAAGCAGCCCGCCGCCUUCGUGGUCACGCAGCACCCGCUACCCAACACCGUGGCGGACUUCUGGAGGCUGGUGUUCGAUUACAACUGCUCCUCCGUGGUGAUGCUGAACGAGCUGGACACUGCCCAGCUGUGCAUGCAGUACUGGCCUGAGAAGACCUCCGGCUGCUACGGGCCCAUCCAGGUGGAGUUCGUCUCCGCGGACAUCGACGAGGACAUCAUCCACAGGAUAUUCCGCAUCUGCAACAUGGCUCGGCCGCAGGACGGGUACCGUAUAGUCCAGCACCUUCAGUACAUCGGCUGGCCUGCCUACCGAGACACGCCGCCUUCCAAGCGCUCUCUGCUCAAAGUGGUGCGGCGGCUGGAGAAGUGGCAGGAGCAGUACGACGGGCGGGAGGGGCGCACAGUGGUCCACUGCCUAAACGGGGGAGGCCGCAGCGGGACCUUCUGCGCCAUCUGCAGCGUGUGUGAGAUGAUCCAGCAGCAAAACAUCAUCGACGUGUUCCACAUCGUGAAGACGCUGCGGAACAACAAGUCCAACAUGGUGGAGACGCUGGAACAGUAUAAAUUUGUAUACGAGGUGGCACUGGAAUAUUUAAGCUCCUUUUAGCCUGACGGGACGGGGAACCUGCCGGAGUCCCGAGGCCACUGCCCUCACGCCCCCUUUCCUGUGAUGGCAGCCACUGCGCUCAGGGGCUGAGAGGCGGCGCCCUGCCCAGCGCAAGGAGAAGACUGGAGGUCCCGUGUUCCGCGGUGGGCUCUGCACCUUCCCAGGGGCCUCCCGCAGCUGCGGCAGGUGCAGCUCUGAAAGGCCCAGGCUUCCCUGGCACACCCUACCAGCCACAGACACGGACCCGCACACCAGUGUCCCCAUAACAAGGCCCCAGACUUCCCAGCUCCCCGACCUCUUGCUUCUGCUCUUUCUGAGUGUGUGACCCUCACAGCCAGCCGACGGCGCAGGUGCCGGGAGAGGCAGGCUCGCAGCACCUCCCCGGCCCUGCGUCUCCUGGGCAGUGGGGCAGGUGUACCUCCUGCUCCACACUGUCAUGGCGAUGAUUGGGCCCUUGUGGUCCCUGCCCUACUGCCAUCUGCAGUCUCCUUCAGUGCCCUCUGGCCCCAGACACCUGGACCCCGUGACCUGGGGGUGUCCCGAGAGCACAGCGGAGGCCCCCAUCCUGUCACCUAACCUGCAUGGAGCUUGGCCACUAGCGUUCUGUACCCCUCCCCCAGCCUGGGCCUUGACCUUCUCCCCUCACUGGCCAGCCUGCUGGGUCCACAGCACUCUGGAUAAAGGUUUUCUCUGCUUGUUUGUGGUCAGUGGGAGGGGGUGGACCCGCAGGAAGCCUGGCUCUUCCUGGUCUUUGUGCCAAGGGGCCACCGCUCUGGGGCAGGGCUCUUACAGACCCUUGGGUGGCAGCUCCUUUGGGAGGGACGACAGGAUAAGAUUUGAUUAUUUUCCAAAGUAUAUAUUAAAAGAAACUUUCUUUGGGGGGAUGUAAAAUCUAAGUCUCUUAUGUUAAAAAAAAAGGCGGGGAAGGAGGUUUGGUUGUGCAGCUGUAAGACAAGUCUCUCAGACCUGUGAUCGGUCAGUGUCCUCGGAAGGUCCCACGCGGGGACAGCACAGCCACUGAGCGGGGCACAGCCGGGCCGGGCUGACGGCAGCUCCCAGGUUUCUGGGGCAGAUCAGGUACCAGCUUUCAGCAUCACCUUGGGUGUCCAAACUCGAGCUGCUUCCUGGGAAACGCAGCUGGUGUCUUGAAAGCGGCCAGGUGCACCGAGGUCUGCUUUGGUUCAAAACAGGCCCAGGGGCUCUCGGCUGGAAAGCCAGGGUCCUGCCCGAAGCGUGGGUGGCAGGGAACCAACACCCGCUGUAUGCCAGGCGCGACACCCUCCCCGUGGCUUCUUACUCACCCUUAGAGCCCACAUGGGAGAGCCCGGAACCUUCCAUCAGCUCCACGCAACACCUGAGGAAACGGAGGCAUCUUCCUCAGGGAUGAGGUUCUGGGUCCCAAAAAGGUAGAUAAUGGUGAUAAGGCUUAAUUUCUCCUUGUUUCCUUCAUCCUUUCUCAGCCAAGCAGUUAUUUCAUGGAGGGAAAAUAAGGCCAGACACUUCUGAGCAGAGAACUCUGCAGACAGAAACGCAAUUCAUCCUUUCUGACGCCAGGUCUGCUGGGAGGCACAGGGUUUCGGGCGGAUUUUAGUCCCUCACUCCCAGCUCCCCGGGAGAACUGGUUUCAUCUAACAACUUCUUAGCCAGUGGAAACCAUCCCCUGUCCUUGCAGACAAUGAGGUCUGUCGAGUGGCCUCUUGCAGGCACCUUGGUUCCAUAUGGACUGCCCCAGGGUGGCCUGGGACGGGGCAGCUCCAACUUGAAGCUGGUCCCCCACCAGACAGGGCCCAAGGGGCACAGAACCCAAUCGGUGCAGUGUCCUCCCUUACCUUGCGCUGGGGAGAGGGAACCCCAGUGCCGCGUAAGAGUGUCACGGGAGCCGAGGAGCAAGGGAGACUCCCCUAGGGCUUCCUAGAGCAUAUGACAUCUCCCCCCAAAAAAGGAAGGAAAGGAAAUUCAGGCCAAGGGAGCAGCAUGGGCAGUGGCCAGGAGGCACGAAAAACCCCGGGGGCGGGGGCAGGGGCAGCACGCAGGGAGGUCGGCGCUCCUGGAAGACAGGAGAGGCGCCGAGGUCAGGGAGACAGACACCUUGCCGACAGUGCCAGCUCUGCCCUGUGGGCCCCAGGGAGCUCGGGGGGAUGCGCUUAGCUCGGUGUUGGAGGAGGUCCCUCUGGGGCUGGGGCGCCGCCUCUCUCCCCCUCAUCAGACACUGUGAAAACAUUCCCUUCAGCGUGUACUCUUCAAUAUCACAGCUAUUUGUCUGUCUGCUCAUUACUUUGUUGCUGGAACAAAAUACGCAGUGCAUCAGGAGAUUCUGCUUCUGCGAGAGACUCGGGGUCUCUGCGCUGCCACGGAGCGGGGUGACCCAGCCGGAGCCCACGGGAGGGGACAUGAAAGGGGACCACAGAAACCGCUCCCCUCGGCAUGGGCUGGGGAGCUGUCUGGAAGUCCAGGGACACCAGACUUGAUCAAGGGAGGGCUGUCGCUUUGGAGGUUCAAAAGGAAGCAUCUCAAAGCAAAAGGAGGCAAAAGAGCCCCACGACCGACCAAGUCCUCUGCUUUCGUGCGCCCUUUCCCUGGUGAGGCAGAGCCGGUCCCCAGGCUCCGUGCCCACUGGUCCCUCUGGCGCCCCCGGCUCCCAUCCACCGCUCCGAUGGCGUUCCCCCAGCCUUCAAAGAGCCUAGGGCAGAGCAGGUCACCCCGUUAUCCGCCCUGUUCUCAGAUCUGGGUUCCUCCGCACCGAGUGAGGGGGUGAGGCUACCUAACACACACCCUGGGAUUUCCUCUGCUGGGGAAGGGGCACAAUGGCUGGCAGGGAAAAAAUGACAGUGGCUUUUAUCCUUUCAAAUUGUAGGAAUUUAAAGUGUGACUUUAGGGAGAAGGGAAAUUAUAGAAAUUCAGGCCAUGGCAGGGUAACCCAAGGGCCAGCGACAGUUCUUGCAGCUUGUCCCUUCAUUUCCUCCCAACACAACCACCUUCCGAGACGCCAGGGCGGUGAACAGGUCUCAGGCCAGUUUACAAGGAAGAAACUGAGGCUCAUAGGGUGGGGGGCGGGGAGAUGCCCUCCCUGAGAUCCCACAUGGCAAGUACAUGGCAGGGCCUGGAUGAGAGGGGGCACUGGUGCCCAAGAAUCUGGACUGGAUCAGUCACCACCUCCCCCAAGAUAUCUUCCCACCCUCCCCCUACUCCCCCACCCACACUUCCAGGGCGGGCUCACCUUUAUGGAUGCAGAGGAAAAUAGUUCAAAUGCUCUCUGAGUCUCCCAGCUGGCACUAGCCCUGUGUCCCUGGAGGGGCAAAGAGGGUGCCCUCACCUAGCACAAAGCCUCGUGGUUCUCAGGUUCAAGUUCAGGACCCUGCUUGGAGAAGAGGCGAGGUAUUAAAGAGAUGCCAGGGCCCUCCCCGCCGGUGUGUGUUUAUGACGUCGAUAGCUUCAGGAGGUGUCUUCUCACUCUUCCAUGAAGACCCCGGGUCGCCCAGGGGCCUCUAGAGGCCCCAGCAUGCCUCCUUUUGGGGGAACAGCAGGAAUCGGCUGGCUUGUAGGCUGGCCCUCUCUCUGGGUGAGACCCGAGCGAUAGCCUGCCGGAUGUCGGCCGUCACAUGGAAGCAGCAGGCCCUGUGCUGGGGACUCCCACAGGUGAGCUCACUGAAUCCUUUCCACACUCCUAAGAAGCGUUUGUGACUGUCACCAGAGGAGAGAAGUCAUUUGCCCACAGUCCCACAGCUAGUAAAGGGAGAGCCAGGGUAUAAAUUGGCUCUUAUUUUCCUGUCAUUCUGUCAGAUUUUCCCAUAACCGCAGAGACUAGGAUGAAACAAGUAGCCUGAUGGGUCUUGUAAAGCCCAAAGCGGACCAGGGUAAAUGCAAACUUUCUCACAGCUCCGUGUUUUUACUUUGACAAUUUACACAAUAUUUGCAUUCCACUCUAAUUUAGCCCGAUUUAAUAUGACUGUAAAUAUUUUUUAACCACAUACCCUGUCCCUCAUGUGGCUUGGACCCCCUCAACUCGCUAUACUGAGCCCUGCGGGGUUAUAUCCUAGUUUGAGGGUCACAACCCCUGGCCAAUCUGCUUCCUCUGGAGACCAGUUCCAGACCCACAGUCAAGUCCAGCUCACCUUCCCCUCAGCAGAUCCUCUGGUGUGGGGGUACCCUGACCUCGCUGUUCAUGGGUUGCUCUCAGUUCGAGUCUCCUCCAGUUGGAUGCUGGGAAGAGCCCACCGACACACACCAGAAUGAUGUGCUCUCUGGUGUGGCGAAAGAUGAGCCCGUAAAUCCCCAGAAGGGGAAGGAGAAGAUGGACACAGCCCUACUCAGCAGGUUCCUGAAUGCUGGGACUUCUAGAAGGUAGUGCCCUUUGUCCAGGUGGAGUCCAGCAUGGUUGCUGUUGUGGGCAGCUCUGAGGACACACUGCACAUGAGCGUCUGGGGUCAGGAAGGUGCCUCGCUUUGCUUCAACCACACAGGUUUCCUGGGUUCCCAUGAUGCCCUGGGCCUUCCCUGGAGGGGCCGCUACCAGAAAGCACAGGUUACUAUGGAACAGUUCAUCUACUUCUUGGCUAUAGAAUGUUAGGCCAACCACUUAAUGGGAAAAAGAUAUGAAAAGAAGAGCCUUGGCCAAGUACAAGAGAUUUGGAAAGCUUCAGAAAGAAAAAUAGGAAGGCAAGGCCAAGAAGUGGGGACCCAAAAGGAAUACUCAGAAUCGAGGGUGCAUGGGGACAACUGGACAAAGUGGUCACUUCUCUGACACAACAGGACAGGGGGGUGGGGGAGGACUGGUCAGAACCACCUGGAGUAAGGAUGUUGCCUCACGAUAAGUCUCAGUGUCUUAGAGCAAAGAUGAUCAUUUUCCUUCUGACCAGUCAUGUUUAUGCAUCAUCCAUUCCCUGUUGCUCAGCUAGCUCUUGCUGUGUGUCCUCACCAGGACCCACCUCUCCCCAGCUCUGGCUGAGUGCCUGCUGUGUGCAAAGAGGUGUCAGCCUAGCAAGGCUGCUGCAGACAGCGGGAGUGAGGCCUGGGGGCAGCGGCCCAGCACUUCUCAUGUCAUCUCCAGCAGGAACUGCCCAGCCCAGAUCCACAGACACUGAAGGAGAGUGAGAAGUCUGCACCUCGCUACCUUAGAACAGGAGGAGGAAAGCCACACCCCCUUAGCCUGCAUCUGGCCACUCCGGCUGGACAGACAGGCCAUCAGCAACACCCAGAUGAGUCAGAAGUAAUGUCAUGGAACACACAGAAGAUUCCCAGGGUAAAAUGAGCAGGGUGUUAAUCCUCAGCCGUGAGGCCAACAGAUUGUAUUGGCCCAGCAUCCUUAGGGGCAAAUGGGCAACCCAAGUAGCAGGGCAGUUCAGAAGGUGAAACAUAGUAAUUUCACCCCAGACUUGCCUUCCUCAUCAUCUGGCUUCCCUGAGCUCCUCCACCCACGAUGCCAGCUCCAAACCACAGCCAGGUAAAACAGGGAAAUAGGGAGAGCAAACCCAAUGAGAGGGGACCAGCCGAGAUUCAGCCUUUUCCUGAUUCCCAUUCUAGGGUUCCACAUCAGAGGGGUUUUUGUGUUCACUUAUCUAGAAGUGACAGAAGGCAGGGCCUUGCCUUCCCCUACCAGACACCUGCCUUGAGGUCAAGCAUUGUUUGAGCAGCAGGGAGAGAAGUCAGUGGCAGAGAAUGGAAGGGGCUCCACUUGCCUCUGGCACAAAUUUCGGGCUCAUGGACACAACCCUUAGAAGCACAGCAGGGGUACCUCAGCCUCAUUUGUGCGCACGAGCAGACUCUCUUCUGGUUUAUCAGUAACCAGCGGUAGACUUUGGCAGGGCAUUGGCUGGCUGUAUGACCCUCUUGUAGAGACCAAGACCAUCUGUAUUCCUCCUGCCUACCCCCAGAAGAGGCAGGAAGAGGUCAUCAGAGGGACCACAUUCACCCCCUAGAAGCCAUUCCAUGAAUGUUAGAUCCCCAAGAGGAGCAGUCAGUGCCCCAGGUCUGGCAUCUUAGUUAUCUAAGAGGUUGGGGGUAGCUCAUUGGGCCUGAUUCAGGAGGUGUGGGAGGACUUGGGAUGGCAGAGGAUGGGUAGGGAAGAGCUAUAGGGGCUGGAUUACCAGGGAACAUCCUGCUGGAUCUGAGAGCGGCCGUGUGGGGUGGAACUGAAUCCUGAUCCUUGGUUGGAUUAUGCGGAGAAUUAGGGUCUGGGGGCCUUAGAGUGUUGGAAAGGAAGGCAUUGGUACGAAGGGUGCAGCUCAUGGUAAUUACUGUAAUUCAUGGCUCCUUGGUGAGUGGCACUCUUAGAUCUGGGGGAGGAGGGGCGUGUGAAGUAACCCACCAAAACUGCAACACUGAGUCCCUGCACAUGUUCCUCAGUGCCUUUGGGCUUGUGAGCACAAAUCAGGGGACCCCUCCAGUGAUGGUUCGAUAAACUCUCAGUGCCUACCAUGCCCCACCCUCCCGUGGAGGAUUAACGAUAUAAGCUGUUCCUUGGGUCAAAGCCCCCAGGGCAGUCCGGAGGCUCAGAGGGCAAGGUGGUGUCCUCCCAGGUCAAAUCAGCCUUCGGAAGGGUCAGACACAACCCCAGUGCCCACAUCCUCCAUGGGCCUGUAGGGUGUCAGAAAACUCAAGCACAGUUUGCCAGUCCCAGGCCACUCCCAUGAGUGGAACUAGGAUCAGUGGGUGAAGCUGAAUACAAGGACAAACUUGCUGUCUGCCAGAGGGGAUGAGCUGCCCAUCUCAGCAGCGGUCCAGCAGAAGCCUGACUCUCUUUAAAGGGAAACAGGAGCAUUGCUGAAAUGGCCUUUAAGUUGCUUCCCCCAUGAGUGUGUGAGAUCUUCUGCAACUGGGAUCAUGUUUGAACUCUUUCAUUCCUGCAGAGCACAAAGCCAAGCAGGUUGUGCUUGGUUUAUGCAGGCGCAAGCUCCUUGCUCCCCUGUCUGACUCUCCCCACCACGCAGGCCCAGAUGCUGCCCUGGCUACAUAUCCAGGGCUCAUCUGGGCCAGGUAUCAGCAAAUAGCCCCAAAAGAAUAAAACCAAUUUGCAUAAAACCAUUGCCCACCAAGAUCUCUGAUUAGACCAACCAUAAUUCAGCCCCACUGGCCAACAAGGCCAUCGGUGAUAGCAGAACCAAUAAAGGUCCAAGCGGGACCCAGAGCAGGACUUUGCUUCUCAUAUCCAUUAUCUCCACAGGUUAGUUCUAUCCCCAUUCCCCACUCGAGGCCUGUUGGAGCAGAUUGCAAAACAAAAGCACAGUAACUCUGUUGACACACAAUUAUAGUCAUCCCCAUUAUUAUCCAGUUCAUUGCCAGGUGGAUCAGGCUAACCCAUAUUGGCAAUCAGACUCAAAAGCACUUUCCCACCUUCUCUUUCCACCCUACAUCUUACUACCCAAUGAAAGGCAAAGGGUCGGGCUUCAUCUCUCAUUGCCUUGACUACUGGACACCAUCAUGGCUCUCUAGAGCCAUCAUGGGGUCCCACUGAGCUCCACGGAGACUGACACUUUCACAUCCACUGGGCAUAUGCCACCGCCUGAGACCCAAGUCUCCACGGCCUCCUCCAUGAACCCCAAUGGCCUGCAUUGUACAGUUUGGGUGUUGGAUAGAUAAAGCACGUAUGAGAAGAGAAAACAAAAUAAAUCAACUUUUCUAAAAAGCCAGCACUGUGCUGUCAAUGUUCUUUUUUUUUUUUCCUUUUCCUUUCCAAUUCUAGCUUAAAAAAAAAGCAGAAGGUAAAUAAUGUUGGGUCAAUGAAUAUCAGAUAUAUUUUUUGACUGUACAUUACAGUGAAGUGUAAUGUUUUUACACCCGCAAGUCCAUCUUAUUUAUUCUUGUAAAUGUCCCCUGACAAUGUUUGUAAUAUGGCUGUGUUGGAAAUCUAUACAAUAAAGCUGUGACCCUGAGAUCUCUGUUUUCCUAA